UGGAGGGACGAUGUGGAGCAGACAGCAGAAUGCCGUCUCCGUACGGCAUGCGUUCAAAACGUACGGCACCAAGAAGAAACCAAAUCAAGUUCUAUCGAAUCUUAACAUGACAGUAGCCAAAGGAACUAUUUAUGGGCUUUUAGGAGCGUCUGGAUGCGGUAAAACGACACUUCUGUCGUGCAUAGUCGGACGGAAGCGACUAAAUUCGGGUGAAAUAUGGGUCCUGGGUGGAAAACCGGGCACCAAGGGAUCCGGUGUUCCUGGAGCACGUGUGGGCUACAUGCCGCAAGAGAUAGCUUUAUACGGCGAGUUCUCCAUCCGCGAGACUAUGAUGUACUUCGGCUGGAUCUUUGGCAUGCACACGUCGGAGAUCGCGGAGCGGCUACAGUUUUUGCUCAACUUUCUCGAUUUGCCAUCGGAGUCACGGUUGGUGAAGAAUCUGAGUGGAGGUCAACAGCGUCGAGUUUCGUUCGCCGUUGCCCUGAUGCACGAUCCGGAGCUGCUCAUUCUCGAUGAACCAACCGUCGGUGUGGAUCCACUACUUCGACAAAGUAUAUGGAAUCAUCUCGUACACAUCACCAAGGCCGGCCAGAAGACGGUCAUCAUCACGACGCACUACAUCGAGGAGGCCCGACAAGCGCACACGAUCGGUCUGAUGCGAUCGGGACGACUGCUGGCAGAGGAGUCUCCCAGCUGUCUGCUUUCGAUGUACCGCUGCAGCAGCUUGGAGGACGUCUUCUUGAAGCUAUCGCGCAAACAAGGCCAAACGAACGCUGCUCCAGCUGAGCUGAACAUCAGCAACAACAUCUCCCUGUCGGCGCUGGCGUUUGGUAACAAGAAGGACAACCCAGUCUACGUCAGCCAGGAGAGCGGUGUCGUAGGACUCAACUUCCACCAGAGCAAGGAGGUGCUCAUCAGUGACAGCAAUGGAUCCACCAUUGCCGUAAGUAGCCGGUUUCACGGAGAUCCUAAGACAGAAAAAAACUCUGUUCGUAAUUCGUGUGUUUCUUUACCGUGCGUUUCUCUCCCGACAACCAAGUUCACCUCGAAGGGCAAAAUCCGUGCGCUACUCGUGAAGAACUUCCUGCGUAUGUGGCGAAACGUUGGCGUGAUGCUGUUCAUCUUCGCGCUUCCGGUGAUGCAGGUCAUCCUGUUCUGUCUCGCGAUCGGGCGCGAUCCCACCAACCUGAAAAUGGCCAUCGUAAACGGAGAGAUGAACUCAACCAUCGGCGAGGACUGCGUGUACGAUCCGGGAUGUAGCUUUACGAAUCUUUCGUGUCGCUACCUGAGCCAUCUGAACACCACCAUAGUGAAGGAGUACUAUAGUGACCUCGAUACGGCACUGGAUGCUGUACGAAACGGGAACGCUUGGGGCGCGCUGUACUUCACGGACAACUUCACUGACGCACUUGUGGCGCGAAUCGCUCUCGGCCGAGACGCUGAUGACGAAACGCUUGACCAGUCGGAAAUUCGCGUGUGGCUCGACAUGUCCAAUCAGCAGAUCGGUAUCAUGCUCAACCGGGAUCUACAGGUGGCCUAUCGGGAGUUCGCCCAACAGCUGCUUCGGGUGUGUGACAACAACCCUAAGCUAGGUGAUGUCCCGAUCCAGUUCAAGGCUCCGAUCUACGGCACAAAUGAUCCUUCGUUCACGGACUUUGUCGCACCUGGUGUCAUCUUGACCAUCGUGUUCUUCCUGGCAGUGGCGUUGACAUCCUCCGCGCUGAUCAUCGAACGUACCGAGGGUCUGCUAGAUCGAUCUUGGGUGGCUGGAGUGACACCGACCGAGAUCCUGUUCUCGCACGUCGUCACACAGUUCGUGGUCAUGUGCGGCCAAACCGCGCUGGUGCUCAUCUUCAUGAUCGUGGUGUUUGGCGUGACGAACAACGGAGAGAUUGGCUGGAUCGUGGUGCUGACGAUUCUCCAGGGUCUUUGUGGCAUGUGCUUCGGGUUUGUCAUUUCCGCGAUUUGCGAGCUCGAACGUAAUGCCAUCCAGCUGGCGCUUGGGUCGUUCUACCCGACGCUCUUGCUGUCUGGAGUCAUCUGGCCUAUCGAGGGUAUGCCACUGGUACUGCGGUACGUGUCACUCUGCCUACCGCUGACCUUGGCCACGACAUCCCUCCGUUCGAUAUUGGCCCGCGGCUGGAGCAUAAUGGAACCAGACGUGUACAUGGGCUUCGUAUCCACGAUCGCCUGGAUCGCGCUGUUCCUCGUCAUCACGAUGUUGGUGCUGAAGUUCAAACGAGGCUAA